AUGAUCAAGAACUCGUCCGCUAGAGAAAACACCUUAGACCUGGACAACGACGAGAGUCUGUGUCCCGUGUGCAACAUCGAUCUGUCUGACGAGACAGAUGCUGGCCGCGAACAGCACAUCAACAACUGCUUGCACUUUUUGGAGUUCACCGGCUCGCCAGACUCCAGGCGACAAACAAACAGAAUGCUGGUGUACACGUUGGACGCCAACGUUCGAGUCAACGAGGAUAAUGAGUGUGUUAUUUGCUUUGAGGAGUUCCACGCGGGGGAUAAGGUUGGCAGACUAGAGUGUCUUUGCUGUUUUCACUACAAAUGCAUCAAGGACUGGAUUAACCGUAAAGGUGCGUGUGAGUGUCCUGUGCAUGCCGUGGCUGUGGCCGUGUAG